AACUUUCCGUGCUCAUGGAAAGAAAAUAAAUGUCACCCUUGUAUAUACAAAGAGUUAUACUCCUAUACUCCUUCAGAGUGUCUCACCAACUGCACUACGCGCAUGCUGUCAUAGAGUUAUUUUUGCCUUUUUGAAAUGAGAGUUAAAUCAAACCAUGCUCACUGCUCCAUCACUUCAGGUUGUCCAUGGUACGGCUGGCCUUUCUUUCAGUAUAUAGGUCCCGGUUCUCGAGCCUACAACACCUCCAUGAAGAAGCCCAUGGAUCACAAACUGCCGAGAGCACCCUUCUUUUGCACCUGGCUGAUGUUUUGCUUGAAGGAUCAGGCUCCAGAAAAGAUGGACCAGCGGAAAGCUCCGGUGCCUGGGACAGAGCCCCAGGCAGACCACGCAGAGGGGAUGCUGAAGGAGCUGGCACUCAAAUGGUUUACGGAGACGCAGGCCCCGCUCAUCCUUCGCAAUGGCAACUUCCCGGACUGGUUUCAAGGCUUCAUCGCUAGGAAGGAUGCUGAAGAUCAGCUCAGAGAUAAGCAGCUGGGAUGUUUUCUCAUCAGGCUCAGCGACAGAGCCAUAGGAUACAUUCUUUCCUACAAAGGGAAAGAUCGCUGUCGACAUUUCGUUAUCAACCAGAAUAAGGCGGGACAAUUUAUUGUUUCGGGAGACACUGAGACCCACUGUAACCUAACUGACUUGAUAGAGUACUACAAGAUGUCUCCCAUCGAGCCCUUUGGAGAGUUCCUCACUGUCCCCUGUUCAGAGAGUAACAACGCUGAACUGUAUGACGAAAUCCAGUUCUGCCAAAAGGCGAAGCCGGCAGUCAGCGUCCAGGCCGUGAAAAGCAUAUGGAAUCAACGGAAAAACACAAACGCUGAGCAGCCCCCUGAAUUACCGCCAAAGUACAAUAAGCAACUACACAAAUUACCUUCAGAUUCCUCAUUUGAAAAAGUUCCUCCUCCGAUCAAGAAAAGUAACCAAGCACCAGCUCCUACACAGCAGAAAAGAAGCCCACCCCUGAGGAGUGCACUGAGUGGCUCUCUGGAAGACAAGUCCUCACAGAGAAACCAAGUCUUAUACGCCCAGCUGGACCAAGAAAAAACAAGGGAGAAGGCUCAGCUCCCGUCAUCCAACAAAGGCAGCCCAAAUAGGUCCAACCGCAACCAGACUGAAGGUGCGGCGACUAACAGGAAUGGGAGAAGGGGAUCCAGCCCGGCCUCAAACUGCCUCUACUCGCAAGCAGAGGAAGCGCAGCUAUUUCCAAGCCAAGCCCCAGAGCCUAGGUGCAGCGACACCACUGUGUAUUCCGAGCUGACGCUGGUGGAGUGCAGGAGCAAAUCCCUGCCCUUGCUCGACGACGGCUCCGACAGAGGUCAGGACUGCCACCCUUACAGAGCACAUACCCCCCCGGCCCUCCAGCUCCAGCGCUCCCCUAAACUGCCCAGGAAAUCAGCCUUGUAUUCCGCCCUUGGGAAGUGCUCCUUUAAGGACGCGGGGCCCCACAGCGCAUCGUCUCCCGGCCCUGUUCUUGCCAGUAGCAGCAGCCUGGACAAGCUGUUGAAAAACCCGCUCUAUCACGCAGUGACGGGCUGGCAGGCUCCCCAGGACAUGACAUCGCUGCUGCACAGGGAGACAUGUGGUGGCCAUAACCCCACAGUGACCUCCCAUCCCAUGGCAGGCCCGCCCCAGAGCACGGAUAAUACUUACGCGCAGAUUCCCACUGAGCCGACGCCGAACAGUUUGUUCCCUGACAACACCUACGAGCAGAUCCCUGACAGGCCUCACAAGGGCACCUCUGAAACCCUGGCCUCUGUGAACAACACUUACGAGACAAUACCAGACAGGGCUCCCAGACAGUCAGAGGCCACCUGUGGUCUGAAGAAUGCAAACUGGCGAAGAUUCUUCCCAGAGACUAAAAAAAAAUAAAGGAAGCAAACCCAAUAUAACAGGACCAAUGAAGAUGAGCACUACAUCUAUUCAAUUCUGUUGUGGAAGACUCUGUUGACAAUACUGUACAUGUAGCACUUAUCGUUCAAUUUCUGCUUUUCAAUUAUGGCAGGAAUUCAUCUCUUCCCCUUCGAUAGAAAGAUGGGAUAACAUUGCCUCACACUACAGAAAGCUAAUAUUUGUAAGCAACAUUCCUACUGCCUACUAAAAUUUAAUCAGUUUGAAUUAAAUUAUGAAUAUUUAAGCUUUUGCUUUUUAACCGAUACAAAAAAGAAACUGUAAUUUCUUAUGAUAAGAAAUUGUAUUUAUAUGAAAUGUUAAUAUUAUAAAGGAAUUAUUGAUAACUGAAUCCUUUUCUGCUUAUGGAGACUUAUGACAGUGUGAAGCACAGUAUUUAACAGUCUUUUUUGAUGUGAUUUAUAGUGUAUUUACACCUGUGAUACCUAAUUAUCAGACGGUCAUCCAGCUGAGUAAUUUGUGAUGCUUUUUCAAAUUCCUCUGAGAACUUGCAAAAUAAUUUGAAAAUGUUUAUCAAGGCCAUUUAGACAUAUCUUUUACUCAAGACCAAAUGUGAUGGCGAAUUAAUAACAGCAGAUACAGUACAUUGUUUGGUACAUACUGUAACUGUUGCUACGUUUGUGAAGUAGUAUACUUGUACAGUAACUGAAAAAAGCUACAUUCUGCAAAUAACCCUAAAGCUAGAGUUGAGAAAUGGUUUGAGUUUUGUUACUGACAGGCAAUUAAUUCUACAGUUGAGGUUGAUUAUUACAGCUUUUUGUGACUCCAUUAAUAUCAAUAAAGUAUAUUUGAUUUAUAAAACAUUUAUAAAUAACUUUAGGACCUCCUAAUCUAGAAUGGUGACCUUUUUCAAAUGUCAAGCCCUCAGGGGAAAACAAAAUUGAAUCUCCUUGUUGAUUGAUAUUUAACUUGUUUUUACUGUGUAAAUACUGUGUAUUUCAUUUAAGGACGCUUAUAAGAUAAAGCUGUUAAAAUCCCCUUGAUAUUUUGAUAACUCAAGCAUUUUUUACCCAAAUCAUUGAACAAAGCCAUUUUCUAGAUAUCAACAUGAAAGUAAUUCGGAGGUACUGUAAAUUCCAAACGUUAGGUGUCAGUUCCACUAAGAGUUGACUCUUAAGCCCAGAGCUUUCCAUCAUUCAUUUGUCCUAUACCUUCAAUGAACCUUAAGAAAAUUAAAUUUAAAAUUAAAUAUGUUCUUCUCUUGAAGAGACAAACAUACUAAUUUCUAUUCUGAAGCUUUCAAGCAAUUUAGAAUGCACUGUUGAGAUUUUAUAGUUACAGGAUAAACUGUAAAAGUGGGCUUUUACCAUUUUAACAUCAAAAGUCUUUUUAUUUACAGUUUUCCAGUGAGUCCUUUUAUUUCACAAUUUCAGUUAUUUUAACGUAAGAUAUUUUUUUUUUCCUUUCACAACAUGCACACUGACAUUUACGUGGUACAGAUUGUUUCAGAGAAUGACGUUAAUUGCUCCUACUGUAUCUGAUUCUGUUGUUUUGUCAAAUAUUUUUACAUAUAUACUACAGUAUGUGUGUUGGCUCAUGGUCUUCAGGAUCGGUAAUGUGAACACACUGAAUGAAAAUUUAAAAUCCUUCAUUUAUUUCUCAGAUAAAAUGUUAUCUGUGUAAUAUAAAACUAUAGAGAAAAACUUCUUAAUGAAUUCAACAUUCUAAUAUGUAAAA